AUGGCCGACAAACUCCGCGCCCAACAGCAACUCGAGGCGCUGCAAGCCCGCUACAUCGGUAUCGGGUCCGCCGACACGACGAAGCACGAAUGGACCUCGAACAUUGCGCGCGACUCACUGUCAGGCUAUAUCGGCCACCCCCCUCUACUUCAGUACAUGAGCAUUGGUCUCGGACAGCCAAGGGAGAAAACGAGGGUGCAGCUGCUUGAGAGGAUGGUUAGACCUGUUGGGCCGCCGCCUGAGCAACAAGAUUGA